CACUUGUUUGCCUGCUGCAGAAAAGGUAGUUUCAAAUUCAACGGUAUAUUACUCACGAUAUUCGUUUGACGAAAUCAAAUACAUAUGUAUGUGUGUUUAAAUUAUAUUGAACCACGGUUGACGAUCUAUACACACAUACAUACACAUACACACAUUUAUAGUCACGUUUUAUAUUCAAUUUGGUUGUGUUGUGUUUUAUCUUUCAUCACGCGAAGCCAACUUCAAAAAUAACGGUAUUUUCGUAAGAAAAAUAGAAAAUGUGAAGCUCCAAAAAUAUACGUUGAUUGUAUUGAGUUUUUUAAAAUAUAAUCUAUCGAAAAAGCAAAAGCAAGAUCGAUUUUUUGAAAGUGUCACACUGAUAUAGCCCCUUAAGGAAAAGAAAUACACAGAUAUCUGGGUAAUGAAAUAGUUACGUUUCAGAGAAAAUUAAGUCUAAUGAAGGCGCAGUUGGAAAGACGACUUAGCAAAGAAAUGGCCAAAAUAAUUUUAUACUUGUUGGUGCUCUGUGUCGUGUUAAUGCGCCAGUCACGUGCCAAUCCGAUCGGUGGAAAAGCGCUUGUGGCUACUGAGUUUAUGGUGUUGCACAACAAUGACAUGCAUGCACGCUUCGAACAAACGAACGUAAAUGGCGGCAAGUGUUUGCAGGCGGAUGCCGAUUCCAAUAAAUGCUACGGCGGAUUCGCGCGAGUUGCACAUGAAGUGCGAAAAUAUCGUGAAGAGGCGAAUAACGGCGGCACACCUGUGAUAUAUUUGAAUGCUGGAGACACAUACACCGGUACGCCAUGGUUCACUAUUUUCAAGGACAAUAUUAGUGCAGCAUUCCUGAAUAAAUUGCAACCAGAUGCAAUUUCACUGGGCAAUCAUGAGUUUGACGAAAAAAUUGAAGGUCUCUUGCCAUUCCUGGAAAAAGUUCAAUUCCCCGUUUUGACUUGCAACUUGGAUUUAAGUAAGACGCCCGAAUUGAGUGCGGCCAAGAAUUUAAUGAACUCAACUGUCCUCGAAGUUAACGGUACAAAAGUUGGUCUAAUUGGUUAUCUGACACCCGAUACCAAGUUUUUAAUAACACCAAACACCCUUGAAUUUAAAGACGAAAUUGAAUGCAUUAAUGAGGAGGCUGCGAAGUUGAAAGCACAAGGUAUAAACAUAUUAUUCGCAUUGGGUCAUUCAGGCUAUCAAACUGACCAGAGGAUAGCGGCUAAUUGUCCAGAAAUUGAUCUGGUUAUUGGCGGUCAUUCGCACACAUUUCUAUAUACCGGGAACGCGCCCGAUGUGGAACCUAUUGAGGGCCCCUAUCCGACAAUUGUGAAGCAGAGCAGCGGCAAAGAAGUGCCAGUUGUGCAAGCAUAUGCCUAUACAAAAUAUUUAGGAAAACUGCAUUUACAGUUCGAUAAAGACGGAAAUCUGAUCAAAAUUGAUGGCACGCCAAUUUUGUUGAACGCUGAUGUGCCACGAGAAAGCGAUAUUCUACAAUUACUUGAUGUGUAUCGUCCAAACAUUACUGAUCUGGAGAAUACAAUUGUAGGCCACACAAAGGUGCAAUUAGAUGGUCGUUCGACUGUGUGUCGCAGUGUGGAAUGUAAUUUGGGCAAUUUAGUUGCUGACUCAAUGAUUUAUGCUCGGGUUAUUGAAGACCAAGGUGGUGCUUUCUGGACUGAUGCACCAAUUGCAAUUAUGAAUGGCGGAGGUAUACGUUCCGGAAUCGAUAAGCGCUCGGAUGGUUCAAUUACAGAAAAUGAUGUUAUAACUGUUCUGCCGUUUAAUAACAAUUUGUAUGUGAUUAGUAUAUCUGGGAAACGACUACGCGAAAGCCUCGAAUUGUCGGCCAAAAAACGCACUCAAGAUUCUAAUGGCGGUUUUCUACAAUUUUCUGGUUUACAUGUCACAUACGAUUACCGCAAUGAAGAGGGUAGUCGGGUUACUUCGGUGGAAGUACGUUGUGGUGAAUGUGAUAUGCCAGAUUACGAACCGUUAGACGAUUCCAAAACAUAUAAGAUUAUAUCUACCGCAUUCUUGGUAAAUGGUGGAGAUGAAUACAAAUUGGUUGAGAAUGGUACAGAACCCAUAUUGAUGAAAUGGAGUGAUGAUGAAGCGUUAGUUGAAUAUUUAAAACAUCGUGAUUUCAUAUAUCCUGAAUUGGAAGGUCGAAUUGAGGUUAUUGAGUCAAGCACCUCCGGCGCAUCGAAUGCCAAAUCCAUUAUAAGCCUAACUCUUGCCAGUUUAAUAAUGUUUUUUCUUCGAGCUAUCCAUUAGAUAUAUAUCUGCUUUAUAAACAAUCGCCUAAAUAAUAUUUUUUAUUGCAUUAAACAAUGUGCUUUUAUUGAAUUACAAAAAUUUUUAUAUAUAUCUUUGUGGGGACACAUUUCAGAUAUUGAUUAUUAAUAGCACAAACGCAAUUAAUUUUGAACUUAAAAAUAUAUAUUGCCAAAAACUUUU